AUGCGAUCGGCGCUGGCCGCGUCGCUCGCGCUGUCGCUGGCGGCGGCGUCGGCGUCCGGCGUGGACGUCGUCGUGCGCCCGAGCCCGGAGACGGUCCACUUCGGAGGGUGGAGCGCUCGGUACCCCGCGGUCGCGACGGUGAACAGCGGCGACGUCGUGCACCUCUGGACCGUCUCGGGCGAACCCGGCGGGAUCCCACUCGACGAGUGGAACGUCCCGCGCGAGCUUCGCGCCAUCUGGGCCAAGCGAUGCGGCGCCGAGGACGGCACGCAACCCGGAUGCCUCGACAAGACCCACUGCCCGGUGCCCCACUGCGGAGCCCCGGGGCCGCACGUCAUGACCGGCCCGGUCGCGGUGCACGGCGCGGAGCCCGGGGACGUGCUCAAGGUUGAGAUCCUCACCGCGGACCCGUGGGUCGACUGGGGAUGGAACGCCAUUCGACGAGGGAAAGGCGCGCUCGGGAACGUUCCCGAGUUUGACGAACCAGGGACGAUCGUGAUGCCCAUCGACUUGGCGAAGCGAACGGCGAGGAUGCCGUGGGGGAUCGCCUCGAAAGCGGAGCCUUCAGAGACGACGAAAGGGAACGACGAGUUUCAAAGGAGCGAGUUUCAAAGGCGAGAAAAUCACGGGGUUGAGUUUCCCCUGAACUGCUUCUUCGGCCAGAUGGGCGUCGCGCCCGAGCCGAACGUCGGCGAGAUUUCCUCCAUCCAACCCGGCGCACACGGCGGUAACCUGGACAACAAAGACCUGGCGCCGGGGAGCGUCGUGUACUUUAAGGUUAACGUCCCGGGAGCCAUGUUCAGCGCCGGGGACGGCCACGGCGCGCAGGGCGACGGCGAAUUUUGCGUCACCGCGCUGGAGACGUCGAUGCACGGGAGGUUCAGGCUGACGGUGCUCAAGGCGGCGGCGUCGGGUGCCGAAGGGGGUGCCGAAGGGGGUGCCGAAGGGGGUGCCGAGGGGGGUGCCGAAGAGGGAAGCUCGACGUUGGCGUCGUCCACGGAGCGCUCCAUGUUUCACCCGCGAGCGCCGCUCACCAACCCGAGAGCGGUGACGCCCGAUGGCUACCUCGUCACGAUGGCGUUUCACGAGUCCCUCGACGUCGCCGAACGCGACGCGCUGCUCGACAUGGUCCGAUGGCUCCACGCCAUCGUCCAGCGUCAGCCCGCGGGAGGGGGCGUGACGCAGACGCAGCUGUACCGCGCGGCGUCGCUCGUGGCGGACAUGCGCGUCACGCAGGUUGUCAACGUCAAGAAAGGGAUCCACCUGCGUUUUCCGAUAGCCGUGUUGGAAGGGUUCGUGCACGGCACGUCGUACGAGACGCGGUAUCCGAACGGGAAUACCGAGAAUAAUAAGAACGAGGCGGGGGAUGAGGCGACGGGGUGUGAGGGUUUAGGGUUUGGGUCGGACGGUUUGGACACCGAGAAGCUCUUCGCCGAGAUUGAAGCGGAGAAGGCUCGGGUGGAGAAGGAGAUCGCCGCCGUGGGCGCUGAGAUUGACGAGAUCGCCAAGCUCCUCGCGGACGCGGAGCUGGGGUUGACGGCGGCGAUGGAGGGAGAGGCAAAGGUAAACGACGACGAAGAAGCCGAAGACGGAUGCGGCGAGAUGCCGGAUGAGGAGACGGUGCUGAAGUACUUUACGGAAAAGGGCGCAAAGUUCGUGGACCUGAACGCCGACCUCGUGACGCAGCUCGCGGACAUCGAGCGCAAGGUGUACGAGGAGGCGAUUGCGUUCAUGGAGGACGAGGCGACGGAGGAGGAGAAGGAGGAGGCGGAGGAGUGGUUAGCGGCGCGGCGGGGGGAACGCGAGGACGAGGGAUCGAACCCGGCCGGGGGCGAAACGGACGAGGACGAGGAGGUCGUCUUCGCGCAGGAACGAGAGGCGAAGGAGAGGGACGAGGAGAAGCGAAAGGAGCGGGCCGCCGCCGCCGCCGCCGAGGCUGAACGACGCAGAGCUGAGGAGGAGGAAGAGGCUGAACGUCGCGAGGCUGAGGCUGCAGAAGCUGAACGUCGCAAAGCAGAGGAGGAAGAGGCUGCCCGACGCAAGGCAGGGGAAGAAGAGGCUGCCCGACGCAAGGCAGAGGAAGAAGAGGCUGCCCGGCGCAAGGCUGAGGAAGAAGAAGCCGCUCGCCGCAAAGCAGAGGCAGAGGAGGCCGCAGAGGCCGCUCGACGGAAGGCCGAGGAAGAGGAGGCUGCCCGACUCAAGGCCGAGGAGGAGGAGGCUGCUCGACUCAAGGCUGAGGAGGAGGAGGCUGCUCGACUCAAGGCUGAGGAGGAGGAGGCUGCUCGACGCAAGGCUGAGGAAGAGGAGGCUGCCCGGCGCAAAGCAGAGGAAGAGGAGGCUGCAGAGACUGCCCGGCGCAAAGCAGAGGAAGAGGAGGCUGCUCGGCGCGAAGCCGAGGAACGCGCGCGCCUGGCCGAGGAGAAGGAGGCGAUUCGAAUCCUCGAGGAGGAAGCCGCCAAGCGCGCGAAGCGGCGAGAAGAGGCGCGCGCUCGCGAGGAGGCGGCGGCGGCGGAGGCGGCGCGAUUGGAGGAGGACCGCGCGAGAGCUGCCGCGGAGGAGACGAAGAGGAUCGAGGAGGAGGCGCGCCGCCGAGCGAUGAGCGCGACGCCCGAGGCGGCGGAGGAGGAGAAGAACGAGCAGGAGGUGGAGGAGGUGGAGAAGAAGAACAAGCAGGAGGCGGUGGAGGAGAGGGAGGAGGCGGCGACGGAGGCGCGGAAGGAUGUCGAACCCGCGGACGACGACCGACUCGCGGAGACGUCCGACGACCCGGAUGUCGCCGGAAACCCUCCGGAAACGAAGCCGCCGCCGCCCCCGUCGUCCGGUGACUCACCACCCGGUGACUCACCACCGCCGCCGCCGCGCGACGGCGAGCUGUGA